AUGUCCAACGUUGACGACGAAGAUGCCUUUCUCUACGGCUCAGACGAGGAGCUCCAUCCCCAAGCGGAACAACUGCUGCUAACACCCCAAGACGAAGAUGAACUUGCCUCCAACUCAGAAGAAAAAGAUGGGUCGGCUCAGACCUCGGAUUCCGGUUCAGACUCAGACUCAGAUUCAGAAUCAGACAUAGAAAUCAUCCUUGGAUCUGACCAGCCAAAACCAGUAGCUACAGCCAAACCAGUGGCAGAGGAUGAGGUGGAGUCCACGUCUACAGCCGUCGCCUCGCAGCAGCCGACCGCUACUGCGGUGCAGCUCUCAUCGCUAGACAUCAACAAAGUCCCUAACUACAACGGAAAGCUGAUUGCGGAAACCGACUUGGAGGACAUCAGCAAUAAGCCGUGGCGCUUGCCGGGUGCGGAUAUCUCCGACUACUUCAAUUUCGGGUUUGACGAGUACACAUGGAUCGCAUAUUGUAUGAAGCAGGACCAGAUGCGGAGUGAAUUUGACCAGGCCGACUGGCUAAAGAAAGUCAUGAAGUUACCAAAGUUUGCUAGCCCGAUGGGUAUGCCGGGAAUGCCAGGUAUGAUGGGUAUGCCCUUUAUGCCCCCAGGUUUCAUGCCGCCUUCGUCGCAGGGCUCCAACGGAAUGCCCUUCAUGCCCGGCUUCCCACCAAUGCACCUUCCUAAGCAAAUCCAACCUCAGAACGUCCAACCGGAGCAGGCAGCCCUGGAGGAGGAGGUUAAAUCCACGCCUCUCAUUGCGAAUCCAAACUUACCACGAAUUCCGUCGAUUCCCGCCAGGCCCCAAGUCAAUUCGGCUGAUGGCAAGCCGUACUUACCGCUGGCUCCGCAGAGCUACUCCAACUCCAACUCGAACGAGUCAACGCCGGGACCAUCUGCCCGCUCCACCCCAAUAAACCUUCCAACCGGGCCGUCUGCCCAAGCCCGGAGUCAGUCCCCAGCAUUGCCGUCGGGUCCAAAGGCGAUCCGCAGUCGAAACAUCCACGAGGAGCGAAUCAGAGAUGAAGUAGGACCGUACGUAAAUGCCAGAGGAAAUUACAGAGACAGAGAUGACGAUAGAGGCAGGGGUAGAGGCAGGGGUAGGGGUAGAGGUAGAGGUAGAGGCUUCAGCCGUGGGGGAAAUCAUUAA